AUGUCUUCCGAACUUGAAUAUCAAAAUUUGGUACUUGAAAAGGCGACUUCGGAACAAGCUAGAAUAACUAAUCGCAAUUCAUAUAUGAACUGGGGUUAUCCACAGUUGACAAUAGAUGAAUACAUAGAACGUGAAGAGAUACUUGCCAAUAAUGAAUUUACUUUAGAAAGUUUUAAAGUCUGGAUUCUAGUUUCAAAAAAAUGCAUUUUAUCAAAAGAUACUGAACUGACAAUCUUUUCACAAUGCGAAACAUACAAACUUAAAGCAUUGAUAACAUUAUCAUCUGGACAAAUUCAAGAAGUAAUCGGUUAUUACAUCACUUCAUUAUUCACUCCUGCUCAAUUAGGUUGGAGAAUUUUUCCUCAUAAAGAGAUCAAAUUUAAAGUCGAUGAUAGAUUCUCUACGUCUUUAAAACAUUCUGAACUGAUCGUUGCAAUUAAUCAAUCUAACUUAGAAACUAUUAUUAAUACAAAUGAUCAAAGACAAUUUGGUGCAAUGAUUUCAAAUAAAAAAAAAGAAUCUUACAAUAAGAAAGAAGAAUUGUUUGAAAGAUUUAUCAUGUGGAAUCAUGAUUUUAGGGGUAAUCAAUUGUUCAUUAUCAGAUUUCGUUGUGAUUCACCAUAUUCAACAUGUUUAUUAAUCCAACAAGCCAUUCAAGAAGCUA